AUGGAACUUGAAUACGUACUAGCCGUGUCCGUCGCCUUUGCCGGUCUGAUUUGGCGGGCUAUGUCACUUGCUGUCUUGGGCAUCAUUGCGGUUACACUUCAUAUUGUCCUCUACCGCCUCACUCUUCACCCGCUGGCCAAGGUGCCGGGUCCCAAAUGGGCCGCUAUCUCCAACUUUUGGUAUGCUCGACAGAUAGCUAAAGGGAAAAUGGCUCAAUUGGGGUUGGAAAUGCACAGAAAGUACGGUGAUAUUGUUCGUGUCGGCCCUAAUGAAGUGUGGUUUAACACGACGGAAGCGUUUGAUCAGAUAUACUUGGCAACAGCACUGACCAGGCCAACUAUUGAUUGGAAGUUUAAUGCAAACUUUGAAGAUACCUUAGAUCUCUUGUCUGAGCGAAAUAUGAAACGCUACCGUCUACAAAGACGUUUAAUCGGCCGUGUCUAUAGUGCCGCGAAUGUCGCGAAAUACGAAGAUGCUCUCACCGCAGCACUAGAGAGGAUAGUGCAGCGACUGAAUGAGCUUGAAGGGAAGGAGAUCGACCUGAAAGAAUGGAUGCAUAUUAUUACAGUCGAGUGUCUCGGGGCGACUGUUUUAUCAUGGUCGCCUGGUCUACUUCGUGAUGGUACAGAUUGGGGGACGUUAUCGCAUAGUUUCCAAGGCUGGCGAAGGAAGUGCUUGUUUGGAGUGUUUCCGACAAUGAAGAAGAUGGAGCAGUUGUCUCCCAGUCUUGGAAGGGCAUUUGCGUCCCUAUGGGCAGUAACGUACCGGCCUCCGCCCACUUUCAAGCCCUUCUUCCCUGGCGUGGUGAAGAACAUAGUUCGCCGUCUGACAGCGUCUCUUAAACCAGGAACACCCAAGGACAACCGAGUUGAUUUGUUAAACGACCUGAUUCAACUUAGAAAUGAUAGACCCGAGUUCAACGAGGUAUAUCUUCGGAAAAUGGCCGUCACUAACUUUGGAGCGGGUCACGAAACCGUUGCGUCGACAUUGACGGCGUCUGUGGCCAUGAUCGCCUCUCACAAUAAUGUUCAAAAGCAAGUAUUUCUUGAACAACGCACAGCUGAAGCGGAUGACGCGCUCGUAUAUGCUUCGAGUAACCGAUUUACUUACACUAAAGCUGCUAUUCGUGAAGCCAUGCGACUUUACCCCGUGGUGCCCAUGUCGCUUCCCCGCAAGACACCACCCACAGGACUACACGUCAAUGGAUUGAGUGUGCCACCCAAUACCACGGUUGGUUGUAGUGCCAUUGCUCUACAUCGCAAGGAGGACAUCUUUGGCGCCAGCCCUGAUUUAUAUGAUCCUGGACGCUGGCUCUGCGCCGAGACUGUAGACGAAACGGCUGCAGCAACAUCGGCAUCGGUCCGCAUGAUGGACAAGUAUAGCCUGAGCUGGGGAGGUGGUUCUCGAAGCUGUCCUGGAAGAAAUCUGGCUGAGCUGCUCGUGCUCAAGGUCAUUGCCACCCUCUUUAGAAGGUUUGAAGUGGAGGUGGCGAUUCCACCAGACGCUGACAAGGAGGCGUAUUUUCUUCUUGUCCUCUCGGGCGUUAAAGUCAAGUUUCUCCCUAGAAGCGGGUGA